AAAUCUUGAACUAUUACACUGGCAUAAAUUCCUCUACUUCUGUAUCGAUAGCAGGGUUUCAAUGCACAUAAAUGUUCCAAACAUCUGACAUAGAAUAAAUGUUACUUGUUACAGCUGCUCUUACUUCUGGCAAUUGGAAGGGAGCGAGAAGGUUGAAGGAAAAUGGCAAGAACUUCCAUUUUCUUGAUGGCGCUUUUGCUUUGUUGCGUGGCAGCCUUAGCAGCAGCAGAAUAUAUGAAAUAUAAAGAUCCAAAACAACCUCUAGGUGUUCGAAUCAAUGACCUUCUGAAGAGGAUGACAUUAGAAGAGAAAAUAGGACAGAUGACUCAGAUAAAACGCAGCAUUGCUUCUGCUGAUGUGAUGGAGAAGUACAUGAUUGGGAGUGUAUUGAGUGGAGGAGGGAGUGCCCUAGCUCCACAAGCUUCUGCAAAGACUUGGAUCAGCAUGGUCAAUGAUUUCCAAAAUGGUUCUUUAUCUACCCGAUUAGGAAUUCCAAUGAUAUAUGAGAUGGAUGCUGUCCAUGGUCACAAUAAUGUUUGUAGAGAUCCAAGAUGGGGUCGUUGCUAUGAAAGUUACAGUGAAGAUCCUAAACUUGUUCAAGCAAUGACUCAGAUUAUUGAUGGAUUACAAGGCGAAGUCCAUCCUGACUCUCCUAAGAGCGUUCCAUUUGUGGCUGGAAAGAAAAAUGUUGCAGCUUGUGCCAAGCACUAUGUGGGAGAUGAUGGGACAACCAAAGGCAUCAAUGAGAACAAUACAGUUAUAGACUUUCAUGGUUUGCUUAUAAUUCAUAUGCCAGGCCACUAUAAUGCAAUUAUCAAAGGUGUGUCGACUAUUAUGAUCUCCUUCUCAAGCAUGAAUGGAGUUAAGAUGCAUGCCAACCAUGAUCUUAUUAUUGGCUUUCUUAAGAACACUCUUCGUUUCAAGAUCAUGGUUCCAUAUAACUACACAGAAUUCAUUGAUGGACUAACCUACCUGGUGAGCAAUAAUUUCAUCCCCAUGAGUCGAAUUGAUGAUGCAGUGAAAAGAAUUUUGCGAGUGAAGUUCAUGUUGGGUGUAUUUGAGAAUCCAUUGGCAGAUGUCAGCCUAGUGGACCAGCUUGGUAGUCAGGUUAUUACCAGUUAAUUGAUUGAUACAAAUAAUAAAAUAAAUAAAUAAAU